AUGACAAAGGUGGUUUUUCUACAUGAAAGUAUGAAAAGUUGUCUUAAAACCAAUCUAAGAAAACUCCUAGAUGAUGUAUUGCGAUAUUAUUAUUUUGACAUCGAUGAUUUGGUGGAAGAAGCUAUAGGUGGUGCAUCAGUUGCAAAAUCCUUCAAAGAGAGUGACGAAGCAUGCAUCAGUGACUCUAAGACUGAAGAGCUUAAGCAGUUUCCAUCGAUGGGUCGACUGAUUAUGGAAAAUGAAAUUGUGUACACAAUUUCACUGAGAGGACAGAAGAUUGGCGUUUUUUCUCUAAAUGCAUCGCACGAAGUCGCUCUAAACGUCACCAAAUAUAGAUAUGUUGUGGAUUUGUACAUGAAGUUAAAUGAGUCAUUUGACAAUACUGAAAAUUUGGAUGUAGAUGACAAUUUAAAGAAAACUAAGAUAAUUUAUGUUCUAUGGGUCGAAAAUUCCAAGGCUGGAGUUGAGAUAAAUGAAAUAAAUAGUACUCAUGCUAAAUUAUCCAAAUCUGUGGAAGAUCAGGUACAAGCUCUUUGGCAAAAGAAGUUUGCUUUUGAUCAAGAGAUGGAGCAUGCUGCAACUAAUCGGAGGGAGAGUUCUAGUGGAGUUAAGCGAUUGUUUGGUGGGAAUGAAAAAUGA